UCAAUUUUCAGAAUGAAAAUUAAAACGGAAACCAAACAAUAACAAUUUGAUUUACUCCGUAUUUCUUUUCCAUUCACUUUCAAUUUUCUCAAUUCAAAUUUUUUCUACUUUUCCCAACCCAGCAAGCCCAUUGGCCCAAUAAGUUCUUUUCUUUUUUUGCAUAACCAAACGCACCUUCGUUCUUGGCUCUUAUUCGAAAGGCAAGGUCCCCGUCUUCAAUCCAGGUACAGUAUUUUAUCUUUCAGUCUUCUUUGCUCCAACUUCCAGCCUUAACGAAAUUAGAGGAGAUGAUGCAAGGUCAGGAUGGGAAUGUAAGUGAUGCUGAGAUUGGUUGCUCGGCAUCUGCUCAAACAUCCGGAGUUGAUGAUUGGACGAAGUUUGGAGAUAAGGAUAUUAUGCAACAACAUUCUAUUAUUCGGGCUGAGGAAGCGGAGAAGCUUCUAUUUGUGGGUGAUAAGGAGCCUCUGUCUUCAUUGGAAGCAGAAUAUCAAUCUGGAAGUCCAAUUCUUUUGCAGAAAAUAAAGAUUUUGAGCGAACAAUAUGCUUCUAUAAGAAGGACCCGGGGAGAUGGAAACUGCUUUUUCCGAAGCUUCAUGUUUUCUUAUCUGGAGUAUAUAUUGGAAGCACAAGAUCAAGAAGAAGUAGAACGGGUCAAAGUCAACGUUGAGGAAUGUAGAAAGACACUUCAAAGUCUGGGAUAUGCAGACUUUACAUUUGAAGAUUUCUUUGCGUUAUUCCUCGAGCAACUUGAUAGUGUUCUUCAAGGGAGUGAAGCUUCAAUAAGUCAUGAUGAACUCCUAGAGAGAUGCCGCGACCAGUCAAUCUCUGACUAUAUUGUGAUGUUCUUCAGGUUUGUGACCUCUGGUGAAAUAAAGAAACGGGCAGAGUUUUUUGAGCCAUUCAUACUAGGAUUAUCAAACGCUUCGGUGGAGCAGUUCUGCAAGUCAUCGGUGGAGCCAAUGGGAGAAGAGAGUGACCAUGUUCACAUCACAGCUCUAUCCGACGCCUUGGGUGUUCCCAUUCGUGUCGUCUAUCUUGAUCGCAGCAUCUCAGGUCACGAAAACAGCUGCAGUGUCACUGUAGUCAACCACCACGAUUUCAUUCCGGACCCACCCAAUGGCGGCGGCCCCACAAAGAAAGAUGCUCCUCCGCUUCUCACCUUGCUAUACCGGCCAGGUCACUACGACAUUCUUUAUCCUAAAUGACACGACGUGAUGUUUUAGGCGGCUGAAUCUAUGUUUGGUUCCCCUCCUAGCCAGACCAUUUAAGAUUUUUUUUCCUUUGUCAUUUUAACUGUUUGCUGCUAAAUGUUACCAAUGUCCUAACCGAGUGUAUAACUGCCCAGUGCCAAAUUGAGUCUAUUAGACAGAACACCUGUUGCGUGGAAUGAAUUAGCGAGAUUGUGAUUUGUGACCAUUUCUAAGCCCAACGUUCAAGUCUGUCCAAUU